AUGAUUGCUGUGCAAAAUCCUGUUAUUCAUGAUCUCUGGGAAGCAAUUCACGAUGACGAAAUGUCAGAUAUAUCGCUGAUAGGACAUGAUGGAGAAGUUCGUGCAAAUAGAUUCAUCUUAGCGGCGCGCUCCAAGGUUCUAAAGAAGAUGUUAUACGGACCCUUUUUGGAGUCUCAGUCUACAGAAAUUCCAAUGUACGAAUAUGAAAAGAUAAUCUUGGAGGCCGUGGUGGAGUUUUGCUGCAAAAACGAGAUCUCCAAGUUCCGUUUGUACAUUCACCGGAAUGCUCUGUCAGCUCGGCGCCUUGUUCGAUUAUUCAAAGCAGCAGACUAUCUACAAUUGACCGGGCUUGCAAAACUGGUAGCCCAAAUGGCCCAUAAUCUGACUACGCGAUAUCCUCCUCUAGCAUGCGCAGUCUACGACGAAGCAGAUUAUGACAACAAGGUUUCGAACGAUUCCCUGAUGAUGAUUCAAUGCCGUCCUUAUGUGACACUGCCUCCGGAUGAUGAUACAGGUGGUGGCGUGGAUCAGCUAUCGGAAAUAAAGCUUCUCACAAUUUACAAGGACAAGGAAGUCAAAGCAAGCGAACUUUUCCUAUUCGAAAUGCUACAGAAGUGGAGAGAACAUUCAGAAUCCGCAAAUGCCACUGAUGUUGCCAAGAUAUGUGGCGCCUUCAUUCAGCUGGAAAAUAUUGAACCACAAGAUUUGCUUGGGGUAGUGAUGAAGUCUGACUUUUGUUCUCAGAAGCAAAUCACCGAUGCAAUCACACGACAGGCUUUGCGGGCAUCUCAAAACAAAGUAUGGUCUCUGUCGUCACGAGGUCGACCAAACAUUGAACGGAUUCUGGUUGAGGGUGCUGGAAGCAAGGACUCGAACGGGAUUUAUUACAAAAUUGAAGGGCUUUCGAAUGGAGAACUGUACUCCAAGAGGGAAGUCGCUUGUGGCCAACAGCAUGUAUAUACGUUAUCGGUUUCUGUCAACAAAGAUAAUUCAACAGUUGAAUGUCGCAUCUUCUGCUCCAAGCUUCUCACUCAUGGCGGCACUAUGAAGAUGAUAAAGACAAGACCUUGUGAUCCCACUUUCCAGCCUAUUCUUCAGAUCACUCGAAUGUCUGAAGAGACCAUCGACGAACAAAAGAUUACUGUGUUACAAGUGUCUGACGGUGAAAACUUCAUCGCUGUCACAUUGACACCACGUUUCAAUACUGCUAAAAAGUACAAAGAAUUAGGCCAGAACACACUCAUCAAGGUUCUUGGUUUUGAAAGAACCAUGAGGGAUGGAAAGACGUCAUUCCAAAUCAACAAACUUUGUAUCAUCAGUCAGGAUCCAGGACAUCGAUUUGGUAACCCAGUACACUACUUUGAUGUCUAUGAUGAUGUUGAAGAUGAUGAUGCGGCCUCGAUAGUUCAAAGGAACAUUGAGCCAAUCGAGAAUGAAAUCUAUCAAAAUCUCUUAAGAGUGCCGCCAGUACCAGCCGAGGCGAAAGGUGACAAAGCACUUCUAGAGCUGUACUCCUGUCAGUAUCCAUUGAAUGAAAAGCCAGUUGACUCAAAGAUCCCAAACAUAGGAUGGCAGAUCGAUAGCCAGGGCAUUGCUCCAGGCCCCAGGUGCCGAUGGAUUCCUUCCCCACAGAAGGAACCAGAAACAGCUUCCAUGAGUGCAAAUGUGAAAACAGCAGCAAUUGCUGGAUCUAGCUCUUAUUUAUAA